CUCCUCCAACUGACAGACUUGAGAACAGUCAUGAACGAAGUGACUAAGCAUAUUUUCAACAACGAAAACAUAGAAUACAUAGGAAAAAAGAACUCACACAUAACGAAAGCAAUAGUAGCAAAGCUACGAAUGCGGAAAGCACCAACAGCUUUCAAAUGGGUGAAAGGACACAAGGGUCACGGGCUAAAUGAAGGCGCAGACAAACUCGCAGGAAUUGGCGUGGAGAAAGCUGCCCAUGACGACGUAAACCUGGAGGUUCCUACGGAACUAAAGAUCUCAGGAGCCAGGCUCAACACCAUGACACAGAAAAUAGCAUACAAAGUGAUUAGAAUAGGCAAAGCGAGAGAAACAAAAAAGAGAACCCUGACAAAAAAUAAUGUCGAUAAGAUAAGGGACGACUUCCACCAAGCUUUCAAGAUAAGACUAAAAGAGGAGACAAUAUGGAAAGCAAUAAGGAAACGUGACAGGAUAACAAGGGAGACAGCUCAAUGGAUGUGGAUGUCCAUCCACGAUGCAUACAUGAUAGGCAAUAACUGGCUGAAACCAGACAUGCCUGACGAACUCAAAGCAAGAGCAGAAUGCAAAGCCUGUGGUCAAAUCAAAUCAAUGGAACACAUCCUCUUCACAUGCCAAGCGACAGGAAGAGAGUUGAUUUGGAAAUCGCUGAAUGACAUG